AUGUCUGAACGCUCCAACAUUUCCGGCGACCUUCUCUGGGAGGUUGUCCGCCACAACAACGCCUACCUCGUCAAGCGAAAUUCGGGCGGAGGCGUCCAAUUCUCUCGGGACCCGUUCAACCUGGUCAAUAAGCACUCGAGGAAAAAUGCCGGUUUCGUGAACGACAAGGCUGUGUCCGUUCAGCCCAACGAGAAGGGCGGUGUCACUUUGCAGACCAAGAAGCCCGGCAAGGCCAGCACGCCAGCGUCUCAGCACAAUGUUCACGCCUACGGAAAGACCGUGUCCAACCGCAAAGUCUACAAAAACAUCGCAAACGCCGUGGGCAAGAACUCAUACCGAUCCGACUUGAACCGAAGUGCCAUUGCUCGUGCCAGUGCAAUCAAGGACUCCCAGCGCCCGAAGAAGGACGCUCCCGAGAGGAAGCCGCGAGGAUCGAAGGCGAGCAAGACGGAAGCAUAA